ACAAAAAUCAUCUAAACACGCUGCAUAAGCAAUACUUUUAAUUGUUUGAGAUUGUUGCAAAAUUACAUUCUUUUUUAUAAAUUUGUAUAGUAAGAAGCUUUAAAGAUAUUUGUUUGUGUUAAAACAGUUGAGAAGUAUUAAAAGUAUAUAAAUAAAGUAAAUAACUUUAUAACAAAAAUGACCAACAACUCAUCGGAGGAAAACCAUGAUUUGGCUGGGGCUGCAGCAGCUUCAAAUUUUGAUGAACUUGCGUUAAAUGACACCGGCUUUUGUAAUUUAUGUGGAGAUAAGGCCGAAAGCAAAUGUGACCGGUGUGGUGAUUUCUAUUGUUCGGAAUUUUGUCAGCGCAGAGAUUGGCAAAAUCAUCGUUAUAUAUGUUUUCCCAUGCCGAAAUUAGUUAAAUCUAGGAUCGUAUCGUCUUUAAAAAUGGAAGUUGCCAGGGAGGAAUCACAUCAACAAACUAUCCCAAAUAAUGAACUCAAAGUUCAGCAUAACAGUAAUUUGCCGCCGCACGGGAGUUGUGUACUAUUGACUGGAUUUAAGUCGACUAAUCGCUGUUUUAUUCGCUCUACUAAUCCUUCCAGUCUAGCAGAAAACAAGAAAAUUUUAAACGAAAUACAUGAAUUUGGAAAAAAAUCUGGUGCGUUUUCUGAGAAUCCCAAAACGAAUGCAUAUGCUCUAGCGCUAAGAGAAGACAAGUGGUGUAGAGUGCAAAUCUUGGGAGGGCGUAAAGAAAAUUAUUACCGCAUACGUUUCAUGGACUUUGGAGAAAUAAGUAGACGUUACUUGAAAGAUUUGCGCAGAGUUUCACGGGCAAUCAUAAAUUUGCCAUGUUUCAACAACGUCGUACAACUUAAGGAUAUUGUUAAUUUCUCAAGUGAUAUUAAAUUGCUGGAGUCAUUAAAUAAAUUCGCCAAUAUGGAAUAUAGAGUGGAAUUUGUUGAACCAGAUGAAGCUGGUGGUAAUGUUAAACUAUAUAACUGGCAAAAUAAUACAUUAUUAAAUACAUUGAUUUUGGAUUUCAUGAAGAAUAAAAAAAGUGAUAAAGAUAUAGAACUUGUCUCAACUACCUCUUCAUUGUCAAACAGUAAUGAAGUACAAAGUAAUGGAUUAGAGAAACCACCGAUGAAUGGAAAUUCAAAUAAAAAGGAUAGUGAUAAUAAUUCAUCUACAGCAGAAAAUAAGGUUGAAUCGGUUGUAAGCCAAAGUGUUGUAAAUCCUCCAGCAAAGAAGAAACCUGCGGCGUCACCUCGUCAAAUUCAAAUGCAUAAGCCUUGUCUACAACCUCCAUUUGAAAUUAUUCCAAUAAAUGAAAAAGAUCGUAAUUGCAAAAUCAUUAUUGUGGACGACAGUUAUACUGGAAGUGGUUAUAUCGGCUGUUUAUUAGAUAAAUAUUGCGAAAAUUUGAAUGCAGUAUCAAAAUUUUUACAAGAUUAUAAAGUCAGUGACCAGGCAUACAAACCAAAGAUAAACGAAUAUUGCUUAGCAAUGUUCGAAAAUGACUGGUACAGGGCAAAGGUAGUGGAAAUAAUUUCAGAAGAUAAAUUUCUGGUGGUUUAUGUUGACUUCACAAACGAAAUGGAAUUAUCGAGUAAAUUAAUACGACGUUAUCCCAUGUCAUUAACUAUGCCUUGCUAUACAACUAUUUGUGCUCUUGAUGGUUUACCAGAGGAUAUAUCAGAUGAACUUAAAGACUUCCUAGAGCAGAACUGCAAGUCUUUUACACGUCUUAACAUUGAAAAUAUUCGAUCAGUUGAUGAUGUUUGUUAUGUCGAAUCUAAAGAAUUGUUAAAUAAAAUGCGCAAAGCCAAGCUUUUAUAAUUUAUUGGUUAUUUUAAUAUUAUUACAUUAUGGCAUCUUACAAUAUUUUAAUUGCAUCCACCUCUUUACAAUACCAUUAGCUUAUUUGUUCAUAUUUAAACUUUAGUUACGCAUAUGACAUGAAUUACACUGUUUCAUAUCCUAUUCAUUCUAAUCUGUUUUACUAUUAAGACAAAUGUGUAUGCUCUCAUAUAAGGUCAGAUAUACAAUAUCACGACUUGACUAGAUUUAUUAAAAAUAUUUUUUAUGCUAAUUGUAAAGUACUAAGCAAACUCAUUUAUAUGAAUAUAUCUUUAAAUUUAAAAACA